UUUCUGUUCUAUUGAUCAGGUGCAGAACUAAUUUUUCAUGUAUAAAUACUCCGAAUGAUGAUUGAAUAUUUAUCAGACUUCCUUCAACAGUCAGUCACUUGCUGAAGAAAUCCACUCCUCUCCAAGAUGAGCUUUAAACUUUUCUCGGUUGUUGCUGCCUUGGCACUAGCAGUACUCCUGCCAGCACGCGAGAGUGAUGCCCAGAUGGGCGCCUACCCUUACUCAUCUCCAGAUGCAUAUUCUGUUGCUGCUGGAUAUCCUAGAUAUGGUGCUGCUGAAUAUGGUGCACCCGCAUAUGGAUAUGGAUAUACUGCACCCGCAUAUGGAUAUGGAUAUCCUUCACCCGGAUAUGGAUAUACUGUGGAGAGAGGAGUUCAAUGCAAAUCUUAUCAAAGAUAUUAUCCAAAUUAUUCUUAUGGAUAUGGGUAUGGAUAUCCAGCAUAUGGAUAUGGAUAUGGAUAUCCAGCAUAUGGAUAUGGAUAUGGAUUUUCACCCUACGGAUAUGGAAAUCCAGCUUAUGCAAAUCCAGGAUAUGGAUAUCAAGCUUAUCCAGCUUAUGCAGGAUAUGCUGGAAAUCCAGCAGGAUAUGGAUUUGCAGCUUAGGCAAAUCCAGGAAUUAGAUAUGGGUAUGCAAAUGGUAUUGGAUAUCCAGUAAAUGAAUAUUAGCAACCAUUUGCUCCUGCAUAUUAAGUAGCCAUUGAAGAUUUCAUUAAUUUAGCUUAAAAAUUAUUAUCCACAGAUUCUGAAUAUCAUUCAUUGUGGUAGUUCUCCUGUUGUAACUCAAUUAAUAUGAUCUGUCAUCAAUAUAAUAACUGCUGAAAAGUA